AGGAUAACCCCGCCUCACGGCAUAAAUGUGCGUGCCCCCGGCAGCGCCGCCGCCUGCUGGAUCGUGCCUCGCAAGAAAGGAACUUGCAGCAAACGGCGGCGGAGAGAAACAUGGCGUCGACUUCUCGACAUACGGCGGAAGAGGGCGACGUGGUGCUUCGGUGCUUUGACGGCGUGAAGGUCGCCGUGCCGGUGGCGCUUGCGCGGCAGCGGUCGGGGCUGGUCGCUGCGUCGCCCGCGGACACUGUGGUCCACGUGCCGGGAUACGUGCACGGGACCGUGGUCGCCAAGGUGGUCGCGUACUGGUACGCGGCGGACAAGGCUGGGGCACCGUUCGACGCAGCGUUCAUGGCGGGGCUGAAGCACGACGCUUUGGUGGACCUCAUCCACGCCGCGCAUCACCUGGGCGACGCCGCGCUCUUCGACCUCUUCAGGUUCCGGCCAUGACGACCGGGCGAGCUCCCACCUUCGGAUCAAGAUCCCGUCCUCUGUUUCAACCAUAUGGAUCUCUUAUUUCUAUAUCUUGUCGAGUGCAGUAGUACUUUUCAGUGGGUAAGUUUUGAUUCAAGUUAGGCCCCAUUUGGAUGCUUACAAUUGAAUUUCGUUCUGAUAAUUAUAAUUUAGAUAUAGAUGAAUAAAUUAAUAAUAUUUUAGGUGGAAUAUAUUUAUAUGUUAUGGUUCAGCCGUCGAAAAUAACAAAAAUUCUCUAUAGUGCUGUUGUGUAUGGAAAA